AUGGCAAGCCGGUCCGCCCCCGUCUUCGACCCGUCAGACCUCUCGUCGCCCCUGGCCUACAAAGCCUCGGAGACAGCCCUCAUCCUCGGCGACUACCAGAACAUGGUCGUCGGCAUUGUCGGCACCGCCGGUGCCACCGCCGUCACCACCGCUGCCGACAUGCGCGCCUGGGCGGCCAGCCACGGCGUCACCACCAUCCACAGCAUCAUGGAUUUCACAUCCCCCCCGGCCGCGACAUCCAAGAUCGCCGCCCGCUGGCCCCAGAUGGCAGGCAUGGUCUCUGCCCAGCCCGCGCUGGGCGAAGAAGUGGCGCAGAUUGCCCACCCCGACGACCUCACCGUGAAGCGCACCGGCGGACUGAUCUCGGUGCUCACGUCGCCCGCGCUGCGUGAAGCUCUCACCGCUAAGGGCAUCAAGAGCUUGAUCGUGUGUGGGCUGACGAGCAGUGGCGUCGUGUUGAGCACGUCACGGGCUGCGUACGAUGAGGGGUAUGUGGUGACGGUGGUGGAGGAUGCGUGUGCCGACCGCACGGAGUCGGUGCACGAGGUCGUGAUGCGCGAUGUAUUGAUCACGGCGCAGGUGGCUCAGGCGGAGGUCGUUAAGGCGGAGCUGGGGAAGGUGUGGGGUGGUAGCAGUUGA